UAAUCAAACAUAAGAUCAACCGUAUAGCCAUGCCAGCCACUCACCCAGAUCCAGUCAUGCCAAUCGCCGUCACCGGCAUCGGUGGCCGCUUUCCCGGCAACGCAUCCAACCCGGAAAAGCUCUGGGAAGUACUUCUGAAUGGCGAGAGUACUCUCACAGAGACCCCAAAAGACCGAUUCAACAUCGAUGCGUUCUACCAUCCCCAUGCGGAGCGCUCGGACACGCAGCAUUGCCGCGGCGGCCACUUCAUGAAUCGCCCCAUCGAUGCUUUUGAUGCCCCGUUCUUUUCCAUCACGCCCAACGAGGCCAAAGCCAUUGAUCCUCAGCAACGCAUGUGUCUCGAGGUAGCGUAUGAAGCCAUGGAGAACGCCGGCCUCACACUCGAGGCAAUGUCUGGAACGAACACCUCCUGCUACUUUGGAUCGUUCAACCAUGACUAUCAGAAGAGUUUGGAACGGGAUCCCUAUAAUAUGCCCUUCUAUGCCGCCACAGGCACCGAGGCUGCCGCCAUCGCAAACCGCAUUUCGUGGUUCUAUAACCUGGUUGGACCGAGCGUGACUGUUGAUACAGCCUGUUCAUCAUCGUUAGUCGGGCUUCAUCUCGCAUGCCAGAGCCUGCGAACAGGGGAAUCGGAUAUGACUCAGGCCUUUGAUGAGAAGGCCAACGGCUAUGGACGUGGGGAAGGAACGUGCUGCCUGGUGCUCAAGCCCCUGGAUAAGGCCAUCCGAGACAAAAGCACUAUUCGUGCAGUGAUCCGAAAUACGGGAUCGAAUCAGGAUGGCAAUACCCCGGGGCUCACGCAGCCGUCGCGGACCUCGCAGAAGAAUCUGAUUCUUCGAACCUACGAGGAUGCGGGGCUUGAUCUGGCAGACACCGGGUACUUCGAGGCACAUGGAACUGGUACCAUAGCAGGAGAUUCGACAGAGACACGGGUGCUUGGAGAAACAAUUGGCAAGGCCAGGCCCCGAGGAAAGCCUCUCUGGAUGGGGUCAGUCAAAGAUAACAUUGGCCACCUCGAAGGUGCCAGUGGCCUGGUCGGCAUUAUAAAGGCAAUAUACAUCCUCGAAAGCGGCAAGAUUCCGCCUCAGGUCUGGUUCGAGAAGCCCAAUCCCCGCAUCCAACUGCAAGAAUGGAACCUGGCCGUCCCGACGGAGCUGAUGGACUGGCCGUACGACGGGACGCGGCGCAUCAGUGUGAAUUCCUUCGGGUUCGCUGGAGCAAAUGCUCAUGCUAUCCUAGAAGACGCAUUCUCUUAUCUGAGCACUCAUAGCUUGGAAGGCAGUAGUAGCGUUGAAGAAGACACUGCAGGGUCAGGGGCGUCUCCUAAGCUCGUUGUGCUCUCGGCGCACGAGCAAUCUGGCUCAAAGCGGAUAUUUGACGCGUGGAACGACUAUUUGCAUAUUAAGGCUUCCCAGCUCCCCAUUGCGGAAUGGUCACCAUUAGUGGAGGACCUUGCGUACACGGCUGCAACAGGCCGGACGCGAUUUCCCUGGAAGUCGUUCAUCGUACUCUCUUCGCCACGGCAGCUCACUCAAGGCAAAGCAACAAUGGCAAGCCCGAUCCGCUCCUCGCGGCGAAUGAAGACUGCCUUUGUGUUCACCGGACAGGGCGCCCAGUAUCAUGGGAUGGGCCACAGCUUGAUGGCAUACGAGGAAUACGCCAAAAGCAUCAAGUCUGGGGACACAUACCUCAAACGCCUUGGUUGUCCCUGGUCGCUCAAGGAGGAGUUGCUGCGAAACGAGCAGUCAUCGAAAGUGAAUGAUGCGGAGUAUAGCCAGCCAUUGUGUACCGCUGUGCAGGUGGCUCUGGUAGAUCUCUUGAGGAGCGUUGGGAUCUCUCCCGUAGCGGUUGCUGGCCAUUCUGGUGGAGAAACGGCAGCAGCCUAUGCCAAAGGAGCAAUCACGGCCGAGGCCGCGUGGACAAUUGCAUAUCAUCGCGGGAAGCUCUCUGGUCUACUCUCCACGAUGAGGCCUGAGGCAGACGGGGCGAUGCUCGCGGUCAGCAUCAGCGAGAUAGACAUAGGCCGCUACAUGGACAGAGUGACGGAGGGAAAUCUCGUGGUGGCCUGCGUCAAUAGUCCAAGCAGUGUCACGCUUUCGGGGGAUGCUGUUGCCAUUGCCGAGGUUGGAAAGAUCCUCAAGGAGGCUGGCAUCGUGGCGAAAGAACUCAAGGUCAACGUGGCCUAUCAUUCACCACAUAUGGAGACCGUCGCAGGCCGGUAUCGUGAACUUCUGGGAUCCAUCGAGCCUCUUCCCGGAGCCACUCAUCAACCCGUCAUGUUUUCGAGCGUGACAGGGAAGCCCAUCGACAACUGUGAGUUGGGUUCUGAAUUCGUCGACGCAAUCCAAGCACUGGUCUCCUAUAGCCCUCGGAAGUCAGCUAAGAAGGGGCCGGAUUAUUGUUAUGUGAAUGCAAUGGUGGAAGUUGGCCCUCAUGGGGUCCUGCAGACUCCCAUCAAGCAAACCUUGACUGCUACCGGGGCAGGCUGUGACGUGAUGAGCGUUCUGAAUCGGAAAGAAGAUCCCAGGCGCGCGUUCCUUGAAACCGUCGGCCUUCUCUUUCAGCGAGGCAGCGAGGCCGAUAUAGUCAAGGCCAACCAGCAUGCUACAUCAGCUCGGAAACUGCAAAUACUGGUUGACCUGCCCCCAUUCCCAUGGAACCACAGCAACCGGUACUGGCACGACUCGGCCAUUUCCGCCAAUUUUCUCUUCAAGGAACACCCACGGAAAGACCUCCUGGGGGUAAGAGACAACGAGGGCAACCCUUCCCAGCCACGCUGGCGCCACUUCCUUCGCCUCUCGGAGAACCCAUGGAUUGCGGAGCACGUAGUGGACGAUAGAAUCCUAUAUCCCGCCGCCGGUAUGCUGGCUAUGGCUCUGGAAGCCGCCCGGGAGACAGGAGAUUCCGACCGAGCUAUUGAUGCGUAUGAGCUGCGUGAUGUGGUGAUCCGCAACCCAUUGAUCGUACCACGCACGGGAGACGGGCCAGAGACGAUGAUCCACUUGCAACAUCGCAGUCCUGGUACUCGGACGUUGCAAGCACCGUACUGGCAGGAAUUUAACAUAUACACCCGUAUGACGGCCAAAUCCUGGAUACACCACUGCUCAGGCCUAGUGCGAAUUCAAUACACGGCCAAAAGGGAGGACCCUAUGUCAGGCGUGGCUGAUGAAAGGGCUCGGUGGGACGAGAAGCAUCGGACCGCAUAUCAUCAGACAAGCCAGAGCUGUCAGUCUGUCGUCCCCCCGCAACACUUCUACAACCGGCUAUCAGAGCACGGCCUACAUCUGGGAGAACCAUUCAAGAAUUGCAUCGAGAUCCGGAGAAAUCAGACGCAGGUGGUGUGUGCGGUCCAGAUUCCAGAUGUCUCCAGCUGGAUGCCCGGACAAUUCACUCACGAUCACUUAAUCCACCCCUGUACCCUGGAUAGCUUCAUUCAGAUUUCCAUGGCAAUUAUCGAUGAAGGCAUGCAGGGGAAAGAGUUAGCGCUUCCAGUGUCUAUCGGGAAGCUCUGGAUAUCCAACGGCAUGCCAACUAAGCCAGGAACCAUUCUUCGCGCGUAUUCGGACGUCAAGCCGCAUGGUCUUCGAGGUGCACAGAUGGACCUUCACGCUUCGACGGAUGACUGGGAAAGGCCUCUAAUGACAAUGGAAGAACUUACGGUGACCAGAAUGACCGGACAUCCGGACUCGGCAGAUGAUCAAGGUGCCAGCGAUAGUGCUAGAAGGAUUGUAAGCCGAAUGCACUGGCAAGAAGACAUCUCAUACCUCGACGGGGAGGGCCUGGCGGCACUAUGUACCGCUUCAGCGAAGAAUGAAAACACGACGCAAAACCCGCUUCUGAUGUUCAUGAGGCUUCUAGGACAUAAACACCCAGACCUGAGCAUUAUGGAGCUUAAUGCGGAGGAUAGCGAGAUCACGGAAGAUGUCCUCAAAACAUUGCAAGCGGUUGACGGGGAAAAGGCACCUUGGUUCAAGCAGUACACGGUUGCAACGACUGGAGAGGCAAACGUAUCCAUGUUUGAUGCCAAAUUCCAGGCAUGGGGACGCUAUUUCAAAUCCGUUGAUUUGUUGUCUGCACGAGAUCCUGAGUCCAGAGACAUGCUAUCUGACGUAUAUGACUGCAUCAUCAUGCACCAUUCCAGUCAAACAGAUGAUGACGCCAUCGCGAGGGCAAGACGUCUGCUAAAAGACCGUGGCAGUCUAGCGAUAUUAGGCGGGAGCCUUUCAUCCAAAUCAGAAAGUGAGUGGGCGAACGAAUUACGCAAAAGCCACUUCAAAUUUGAGUUCUUCAUUGCAAACAACCCAGUGCAGCAGUUGUCGUCCAUACCAUUCAUGGUGGCCACCGCCACGGCGGAGAUAGAAAAUCCAAUGCCUGAAAAUAUCCUCAUCAUUGACCCUCCCGGGGAAAGCAACCGGGUGCACAAUCUAUCAGCAUCUAUUUCAGGCAUUUUGCACAAGCAAGGCGUGCCCACCUCACAUGCCAGCUUAUACGAAUCCAAGGAUAUCGACCUGAGCACCCAAUGCUGUAUCGUCCUAGCAGAUCUGGCACGCCCUAUAUUAUUUGACACUGCACCAAAGGUGUUCCUGAUUCUUAAGCGCCUCCUCCUGGAGGCUUCAGGCGUUUUCUGGGUGACGUCAGGCACAGCCUUCAAGUGUGCUAGACCACAGGCAGCACUGAUAACCGGUCUAUCACGAACGAUUCGGCAGGAGGAACCGGACGUGACUCUGACAACGAUCGACCUCGAUUGGCCGAAUGGCAAUAAGGAAUCGGACGCCGGUGCUAUUGUGAAUGUGGUCAGUGGAUGGAGCCGUGGGGAUAUCGACCGCGAGUUUGCGGUUCGAAAGGGUCGACUGCUGAUUCCACGGAUCCGCCUGGACCGGGCCCUUAAUGGUCUAGCAUCUGCAGUGGGCGGGGCACCUAGCAAAGAGCUAGGUUUGCUGAAGCAGCCUGAUCGAGGCCUGACUGUCGCCAUCUCGUCUCCUGGUAUAUUGAGCUCAAUCUAUUUCCGAGAUGAUCCCCUGUACAACCAAUCGUUGGGACACGAUGACGUGGAGAUCGAGGUCAAGGCAUCCGGGGUGAACUUCAUGGACACCAUGGUCGCCUUGGAUCAAGUUCCCGAGCGAAAGGUCGGCUUGGAAUGCAGUGGGAUUGUCUGCCGGACUGGCAGCGCCGUGACCAAAUUCAAGUCGGGGGACCGCGUGCUGACCUGGAGACUGGGAAGCUUCAGCACCUUUGUUCGCAGCCCAGAAUGCAUGCACGGAGAGAGCAUAUUGAUUCAUGGGGCCGCGGGAGGAGUGGGCCAAGCAGCCAUCAUGAUGGCCAAGGUCCUCGGUGCGGAGAUCUUCGCCACGGUUGGUUCCCAGGAGAAGAAGGAUUAUCUGCAACAAACCUAUUCCAUCCCCGAAGACCACAUUUUCAACAGUCGCGACCUGACCUUCGCCUCGGGCAUCGAGCGUUUGACCAGAGGCCAGGGCGUGGAUGUGGUGCUGAACUCGUUGGCGGGAGAGGGCCUCCGACAGUCCUGGCUGCGAGUGGCACCCUUUGGGCGAUUCGUUGAGUUGGGCAAACGUGAUAUUCUGGAAAAUACCGGCCUUGACAUGGCCCCCUUUAUCCGAGGUGUCUCCUUUCACUCGGUCAACGUGCUGGGCAUGUACCAACAGAGUCUCUCACGCGCCGCCCAGGCUCUGAACAAGGCACUGCGAUUCUAUAACGACCAUGACUGUCGACCAGCCUCUCCCAUGCAUGUUAUGGGCUACUCAGAGAUCCCACAGGCACUACAGCGUCUGGCAAGUGGACAAGUGGCGGGCAAAGUGGUGCUCAAGGCCACCGGUCAUGAUCUGGUCAUGACUGUGCCUCCACCCGUGCCUCCCAUUCGUUUUGUGGAGGCAGCCACGUAUGUUAUCGUGGGCGGAAUGGGCGGCAUCGGGCAGUACAUUGCUUUCUGGAUGGCGGAUCAUGGGGCCCGACAUUUCUUGUUUCUAUCCCGCCAAGGCGCUGACCACCCUCAGGCGUCCGACGUAUUCGCAGCUCUGUCCGCAAAGGGUGCGCAGGCAACGGCUUACCGAUGCGACAUCAGUGACGAAGAACAGGUGAGGAAAGCGUUUCGACGGUGCUCUUCAGAAUUACCUCCUGUGAAGGGAAUCUUGCAGGCUGCAAUGCUGCUUUCGGAUGCCACUUUCCGACAGAUGACGCCUCAGCAAUGGUAUUCAGGCAUUAACACGAAGGCUAUGGGUACGUGGAACCUUCAUUGCGCUGCGCCGGAGGAUCUUGAUAUCUUUGUGAUGCUGUCAUCCUUGUCGGGGGUGAUCGGCUGGCGCGGCCAAGGAAAUUAUGCGGCAAGUAACACGUUCCUGGACGCCCUCGCGUAUCACCGUCGGACACAGGGCCAGCCCGGCGUGUCCAUCGAUGUUGGUGCUGUGUUAGAUGUCGGGUACUUGGCCCACAAGCCUGAACUCAAGCGAUCCACCCAGCUGCAGGGUCUGGUCGGGAUCAGAGGUGAGGAGCUGCUCUGUAUUCUCCAGGCGGCAUUGCAGGGGAGAGCAGCCCCCAACGACGCCACCUGCGCCCAGUUGAUUCUAGGCGUUGCCACUGGAGGCUGGGCUGCAGGCCAAGGCCUCAAUCCUCCGUACUACCACACGGCCGCGAAGAUGGGACAUGUGCGAGCAAUCGGGGUGGCCAAUCAAGGGAAUACCGGCACAACACACGAGCUCCAGGAUAGUCUCGGGAAGGCUCACAGCCUAGAGUCGGCAACGACUCUCAUUUCCGAUGCCGUCCGUGGUCGGUUGGCGCAACAACUCGGAAUGGACGUGGCGGAUAUCGACGCGUCCAAGCCGGUCAGCGGGUAUGGGGUGGACAGCUUGACCGCGGUGGAGAUCCGGGCCUGGAGCCUCCGCGACCUCCAGGCGGAGAUCUCCAUCUUAGAUAUUGCUAACACCCCUUCGGUGUGGCACCUGGCGACGAUCCUGGUCCAGAAUUCGGGCCUGACCCCGCGUCACCUUCUGGAAGAACCGUGAUCGUCGGUGUUGGACGCGAGUCUCCCGCGAUCGGCGGGAGCGCAGCUUGGCGCGGAGAAGACCGAAGGUACGAGCUGCUUUGAGAUUCAGUUAGCCAAGCGUCGCGUCAAAAGUGCAGUGAGACUGGGAUGGUAGGGGAGUUCAUUCGGAGGCCAUGACUGGCGCGAAAAUGCUUGGGGUUGAGUGUCGGAUAGAAGAAAAGUGGCCACUGGAUAUAUACUAUCAUGUGUGCCAUUGUCCCCACCCGUGUCUCUCCCUUGAAUAUGAUAGCAGUAAUUGGCGCAAAGACAAAUACACCCUCACCGGAUAUUGGUCCGGGGGCAUUUCGGGGUAUCGAUUCGGUGAUAAUAGCCCAGGUGUUUCU